AUGACACCUUUGAUUAAGAAUAUUGUCGUUGUUGGAGGGUCCUAUGUCGGACGAGCUACAGCUCAGGAACUCGCGAGAAUUAUCCCGAAAUCGCACAGGGUGCUGUUGAUCGAGCCACAUAGUCACUUUAACCACCUGUUUGCUUUCCCUCGAUUCUCAAUUGUCCCAGAUCAUGAGCAUAAAGCCUUCAUUCCAUACAGUAACCUCUUCGCCGCUACCCCCGAUCCAUCCGCACAUGCUGUCGUACAGGCCCGCGUCCUCUCAGUGCAACCUCAGCAUGUGGAGGUCGACCGCGAAUGGCAGGGAUCUAAUGAGAUUCCCUUCGAAUAUCUCGCUAUCGCAACCGGAACAGUGCUGUCUCCACCGGGGAACAUGCCUUCUCACGAUAAACAGUCUUCUAUUCAGUACUUGAGACAGUACCAGUCUGAGAUCAAGCGAGCAAAGUCAAUCGUCAUCGCCGGAGGCGGAGCCGUAGGGGUGCAGAUGGCGACGGAUUUGAAAGAAUAUUACCCCGACAAGGAGGUUACUGUGGUGCAGUCUCGGGUGCGAGUGAUGCCACAGUUUCAUGAAAAGUUCCAUAGUCUCGUCCAGAAGAGGUUCGAUGAGCUAGGAGUCCGACUCAUCACAGGUGCACGUGUUGUUAUUCCAUCAAACGGUUUCCCUAAUGAUGGUAGCACAUUCCAAGUCCAACUCACAAACGGAACAGGGAUCCCAGCAGGGUUCGUCAUUCCGGCCACGGGCCAGAGUCCUAAUAAUGAGCUUGUAAAGGGAUUGUCUGCCUCCGCACCGGAUUCCAUAAUUAAUCCUCAGAAUGGGUAUAUCCGCGUGAAACCCACGAUGCAAUUCUCGGAUGAGAAAUACCCCAACUUCUUUGCUGUUGGUGACAUCGCCGAUACUGGUUCGCACAAAGCAGCAAGACCGGGAAUAGCGCAGGCAGCUGUCGUGGCGAAGAACAUCCAAGCUCUGAUCGAGGGACGAAGCGCGGAUGAGAAGUUCUCGUGGGGACCUCGCGCAAUCCAUCUCACUUUGGGUCUGGUACGUUAUCCUCAGGAAGAGAAACUGUCUCGCCAUAUACUGACCAGUAUAAAGAAAAAGAAUGUCAUCUUCCGCGACCCCAACGAGGCUGAGGGAGACACGGAGCCGACCAUCACAUGGAAAGAUGAUGGUCAAGAAGAUAUGGGCGUGGAAGGAAUAUGGAAGAGACAGGGCAUGGAAGUUACGAGUCCGGAGCAGUACCACCUAUAA